AUGAUCGCCUUUGCUUCUGCACACGUUCAAACGACCCCCGAGAUUUCAUCAGCCAGAUCUUUACACUACUCCCCGCCUCCCACGUCAUUCGUCUCUACAAUAUCUAAAGUCAUGACUUCCCUCCCAUCCACUGCAUCAGCCUCAAUAUCACUCCGCCCCGCAACACCACGCGACAUACCCGCCCUGACGGAGAUCUACAACCACGAGAUCAUCCACACUUCCUCUCUGUUCAACUACGAUCCCGUCACGGAAGCGGAUAGACUGAAAUGGCUCGAAACGACGCAGGCUGGCGGGUAUCCCGUUCUCGUGGCUGUACAUCGCGACGCCGACAGAGGUGAAGAUAGAGGCGACGACGGAGAGAGAACGGUGGGAUUCUGUUCGUUGGGGGCAUUGAUAGCAAAGGCCGGGUAUCGGAAGUCAGCGGAAAUAAGUUUGUACUUGCACAAGGACUUCCGUGGUCGAGGUCUUGGAAAGAUACUGUAUGAAGCCAUAUUGGAGGAAGCGCGUAAAAAGGACAUACACGCCAUCUUCGGUGCGUCUGAAUCUCCCUCUCCCUCUUGA